CCCGCCCCCACCCCGCCCAACACACCGGGCCCCGCCCUUCGUCCCGUACGCGGCGACCUAUUCUCUGGCUUCUUUAAGGGGCAUAGAGCAAGUACGCCAUGUGCGUGCCAAAGUGCUAAGCAGACACGCCCCGGGUUGAGGGUUAUGGAAGUCAGGUGGAGGGACUGAGGAGGUGGGGUGGGCACACGGAGCAGUCACUACCGAGCAUGCUCAAUCGAGGGUUCGACUACCGGCCUGGCUCGAGGGCUUAGCCCCGCAGAGGGACAGUGAGGCUGUCUUGUCGAGAUACCAUGGAAAAGUAUCAGAUUUUGCAAAAGCUGAGUCCUGGGGCCCUAGGGGUGAACCUGGUGGUGGAGGAACUGGAAACUGAAACCAAGUACUUGAUAAAGCAGGUAGAGUGUAUUGAUGAGCACCAUGCCAACAAGGCCCUGGAGGAGCUGAUGCCCCUGAUGAAGCUCCAGCACUCCAACAUCUCUGUGUACCAUGAGAUGUUCAUCAUGUGGGACAAUGAGAUCUCCUCUCUGUUCCUCUGCCUGGUGAUGGAUUAUUACAACCAAGUAACCCUCCAGAACAUCAUGGAGAAUAAGAGGAAGAUAAAAGAGGUUGUUGACACUGAGUGGAUGCACACCAUACUAAGCCAGGUGUUGGAUGCCAUCCAGUACCUACAUGAGUUGAACAUCGUUCACAGGAACCUCAAGCCUUCCAACAUCAUCGUCAUUAACAACAGCUACUGUAAACUGCAAGACUUGAGCUCCCAGGCACUGAUGACCCAUGAAGCCAAGUGGAAUGUCCGAGCAGAAGAAGACCCCUGCCAGAAGUCCUGGAUGGCUCCUGAAACUCUCAAAUUCUCCUUCUCCAUCAAAUCCGACAUCUGGUCCCUGGGCUGCAUCAUUUUAGACAUGGCCACGUGCUCCUUCCUGAAUGACGCAGAAGCCAUGCACCUGCGGAAGUCCAUUCGCCACCAUCCAGGCAGCCUGAAGCCCAUCCUGAAAACCAUGGAGGAGAAGGAAAUCCCUGGUACAGAUGUCUACUAUUUGCUUCUGCCCUUUAUGCUGCAUAUCAACCCCUCUGAUCGACUAUCAAUCAAGGAUGUGAUUCACGUCACCGUCAUGAGCAACUCCUACAUGACCUCCUGUGUUGCUCUGAACAUGCAGCGGCAGGUGGUGCCCAUCUUCAUCACUGACGUACUGCUAGAGGGCAACAUGGCCAACAUCUUAGAUGUCAUGCAGAAUUUCUCCCAUCGACCAGAGGUCCAACUCAGAGCCCUUAACAAGCUUCUGACAAUGCCAGAGGAUCAGCUAGGCCUGCCGUGGCCCACAGAGCUGGUAGAGGAGGUCAUCACCAUCAUAAAGCAGCAUGAGAAGGUCCUGGAUAUUCUGCUCAGCGCCUGCUCCCUGCUGCUGCGUGUUCUGGGCCAAGCACUGGCGCAUGACUCAGAAGCUGAGAUCCCGAAGAGCAGCUUGAUCACCUCCUUCCUGAUGAAUGCCUUGCAGAGCCACCCUAACUCUGAAGGCCUUGUUCUUGUGACCUACAAUGUGCUCAGCAUCAUCUCUAGCCAAGGACAGAUCUCAGAGGAGCUAGAAGAGAAGAGAUUGUUUGAGCUUGCCCAAAAGCACCUGGAGCGCUUCCAAGAGGACAGGGACAUCUGCCUCGUUGACACUGUGAACAAAGAGCCCUUGGAGAACCUCUCAGUCUCAGUCACCUGGGUGCUGGCUUUUCAUCAAGAGGACAUGGAAGUAACAGAGGCUGGCUGCGCAGUGCUCUGGCUUCUGUCCUUGAUGGGCUGCAUAAAGGAGGGUCAGUUUGAGCAGGUGGUCGUGCUGCUGCUGAGAAGCAUCCAGCUAUGUCCUGGCAGAGUACUUCUGGUGAACAAUGCACUCCGCGGCUUGGCCAGCCUCGCAAAGGUGUCUGAACUGGUGGCCUUCCGAACAGUAGUACUGGAAGAGGGCAGCAGUGGCCUCCACCUCGUCCAAGACAUCUACCAGCUCUACAAGGAUGACCCUGAGGUGGUGGAGAACAUCUGCAUGCUGUUGGCCCAACUGGCCUCCUACAAGGAGAUCCUGCCAGAGAUGAUGUCUGGAGGCAUCAAAGACCUAGUCCAGGUGAUCCGGGGGCGCUUUACCUCCAGUCUGGAGCUGAUUUCUUAUGCUGAUGAGAUACUUCAGGCAUUGGAAGCAGCUACACAUCCUAGCCCCCAGGAGGAUCAGCUUGAACCUCCUGCAAUGCUGGAAGCCUCCAAGGUCUCCCCACUGCAGGCAGAUCCUCUCCUCAGGCCCUGACAUGCUGCCCUCCAGGUCCUGUGGUAAGGGAAAGUAUCACUAGGUCCAGUAUUGUAUCUUGCACUCCAUGGUGACUAAUAAAGAAGCCCCAGGGUAUUCCUGGCAUACCUGGC